AUCUUCUUGCACAAGAGCCUAAAAGUAUUUAAAGUUUACAGAAUGAAAAGAUGGCACAGGCAAUGCUGGUACCACCAGGAUCUGACUGCUUCUUCUAUUUCACCAAAGAGUCUCUUGCAGCUAUUGAAAAACGUAUUGCUGAUGAAAAGUCUAAUCGUGAUAAAGAUGAGCGUAAAGAUGAUGGUGGUCAUGAAGAAGUUCAGCCAACACCAAAUAAUGACUUGGAGGCGGGAAAGACACUGCCAUUUAUUUAUGGUGAUAUUCCUCCAGAAAUGGUAUCUGAGCCCCUGGAGGACUUGGAUCCAUAUUAUAUCAAUAAAAAAACAUUUAUAGUAUUGAAUAAAGGGAAGACAAUCUUCAGGUUCAGUGCCACAUCUGCCUUGUACCUUUUAUCUCCUUUCAAUGUUAUUAGAAGAGUAGCUAUUAAGAUUUUAGUUCAUUCGUUGUUCAGCAUGCUCAUUAUGCUCACAAUUUUGACAAACUGUGUAUUCAUGACAUGGAGAAAACUUCCAGAAUGGACAAAGAAUGUAGAGUAAGUUAAAUAAUCUAAUUAUUAUUAAGCGGUGUUAAAAUGAAGAGAUAAAUUAGGAGCUAAGCCAUAUGUUUUUACAUACUAUUACGUAUGAAAUUGGUUCUUGCCUGUAGUUUGAUUCGAGCCGCAACUCAAACCACUGCAGACUUGUAAGGUAUAGGGAGAGAAGUUGUGAUAUUGUUAACUUUUUCCCUAAAAACUUUGAUUUAGUUCUUUUGUUCAAAAUGUUUUUACUUAAA